AUGAAUGCAUUUCAGUUAUUUGGUUUGGAAAAUAAAUUCACAAUUGACAAAAAAAAUCUUGAUUUGAAUUAUAAAGAGCUAAUGAGAUACUUACAUCCUGAUGUUGGGAGUAUCGUAGAUGAAAAUAUUUCAGUUCACAUAAUUAAGCAAUACAACAUUGUGAAUGACCCUUUUGAAAGGGCACUAUUAUUGGUAUCUAUAAAAAGUAAAAUGCCCAGAGAUGGACUAUUAAAUAUUAUAGAUACAAUUCCGGUGAGCUCAAGUUUAUUGGAACAAAUAUUUGAGAUAGAUGAGAAAAUUAAAGAAAUUGCAAAAAUUGGUUUUAGUAUUAAAGAUUUUGAUGAAAUAACAAAAAGAAACAAUUUGAAAAUCAAUGAUUGUAUACAGUUUUUAGAAAGUGAAUUUGAGAAAGAUAAUCCUUCCAUAAGAAAAAUAUUAAGUACUCUAAAAGAACUUCGUAUUUAUCAAAAGCUUAACGAUCGUGCUUCAUCAAUCAUAGAUAAUUAA